UCGAGACUCUAUAUUUCUAAUGAAGUGUAACAAUCAUGCAAUUACCGUUAAUUAGGAGCCUUCGAGCAUGAGAUCCUCACCUUCUCUCUCUUUCUCUCUCUUUAGCCAUGUCUCAGAGCUUUUGCAUUGCAUCACUCUAUUUCCAUAAAGCCUUUGUUGUUGUACUCUCAGACAUUUCUCAGCUUCUUCUUCUUCUUCAUCUUCUCUCUUGUGUGUGAAUACCCAAAAAAUGGGAAUGCCACCAUGUUGUGACAAAUCCAAUGUCAAGAAAGGUCUCUGGACCGAAGAAGAAGACGCUAAGAUCCUUGCUUAUGUUGCUAUCCAUGGUGUAGGAAACUGGAGUUUGAUCCCCAAGAAAGCAGGUUCUUUCCAAGAAAAUAUCUGCUUACUUUUAAGACAUCUCAUCUCCUUAUACAAGUCUGACAUUCUUUUUGUUUCUUUCUUCGGUGCAGGCUUGAAUCGAUGUGGGAAGAGCUGUAGACUGAGAUGGACUAAUUACUUAAGACCUGACCUUAAACAUGAUAGCUUCUCUCCUCAAGAAGAAGAGCUUAUCAUUCAGUGUCACAGAGUCAUUGGCAGCAGGUGGUCUUCGAUUGCGCGAAAGCUUCCAGGGAGAACGGAUAACGAUGUGAAGAACCACUGGAACACGAAGCUGAAGAAGAAGCUGAUGAAAAUGGGAAUAGAUCCGGUGACUCAUAAACCAGUGUCUCAGGUCGUUUUAGAAUUCAGAAACAUUAGUGGCCAUGGCCAUGAAAAUGCUUCCUUCAAGACAGAACCAUCAAACAACUCUAUACUCACACAAUCCAACUCAUCAGCCUGGGAAAUAAUGGGGAACACAACAAUGAGCCAUGAGACAUAUUACAACAACUCUCCUAUGAUCUUCACUAAUCCCGCUUCAUCUGAAUUCCAAACUAGUCCAUUCCAUUUCUAUAACCACUCAAAUCAUUUGCUCAAUGGAACCACAUCUUCAUGCUCUUCCUCAUCAUCAUCUGCUAGUAUCACUCAGCCAAACCAAGGGGCUACUAACUUCUGCUGGAACGAUUAUCUUCUCUCGGAUCCGGUCUUACCUCAGAACUCUCAGACACAAGUACUGGGUUCCUCAGCUACUAGCAACCUCACUUUUGCGCAAAACGAGCUUCAUUUCAACAGCCUAGCCGAAAGCAGCGCCCAUAACAACAUCGAUACAAACGCCUCGCGAACAAGUCAUUCCGCGAGUUCAUUUGUGGAUGAAAUAUUGGAUAAAGACCAAGAAAUGCUGUCACAAUUUCCUCCACUCUUGAAUGAUUUCGACUAUUAGAUCCUUCUUCUCGUUUGUUUGUUGUUGUUGCUUCUCUUGU